AUGAAGACCUCCGUCAUUGCCGCUAUUGCUGGCGCUCUUGCUGCUGCAGUCAAUGGUGUUCCCAUCAUCGACAACGCCAACAAGGCUGUCGUCACCCAGGCCGCCCAGGCUCGUGCUGCUUCCGGCGUCGCAGUCGACCAUGGACUUGUCCAUGGCGUUGGUCCUCACCGCUUCGACCACAUCCAUGGCCCUCCUGUUGCCAAGAUGCCCGGCUACAAGAAGCCUAGUGUCAUCGACAUCCUCCGUCCCUCGGUUUCCUUCCAGGAUGCCUACACUCAGACUGAGAUGCCCAUUCACACCCUCAACCCCACUACCACUCGCAUCCCCAAGGUCAUCUUCACCAAUGGCACUGAGGCUGUUCCCUCGACCUUCCAGACCGCAUUCACUCUGACUCAGAACCUGGAGAUGAAGACUUGCAUCAUCCGCUACAACCCCUAUUCCAGCGCCAAUUUCAAUGACUGCCCUGGCCAGAACUCUGAGGACAUCCGCAUGAAGCGUACCCAGAUGCCCGGCAUGCCUACCAAGUCCAUCUCCAUGUCCACUCCUGCAAUCAACACCGCUCACUCAACCAGCACCAGAGUUGGCAACGUGGAAUGGAUCGAGUGGUACCUGCUCUGCAGUGGUGACUUCUUUGGCUGGGUUCCUACCCAGUGCGCCACCAUGACUCCUUAUGCGCCUGCUGGUCCUGAGCCGUCCUUGAUACUCACCACCGACAGCACCGUCAUGACCACCAUCAAGAAGAAGACCUCUUCUACUGAGGCCGAGCCCACCCUGAUGCUGACCACCAUCGCCAGCAUGAUCACCCCAACUCCCACCAAGGAGGAGGCUACCACGAACACCUCCACUUCGACCUUCACUGAGACCGGGGACCCCAUGAUCGAGUACACCUUCGCCAAGAUCGCCAAGUCGCCCAUCGUCACCCGUCUUGGCUAA